AUGUUCAAGUCUCUUUGGUACUUCCUAUCGGCAGCAUCGCUGGCCAGCACUGUCCUCGCCCAUGGGCGAUGGCGUGCAAUGUGGGUCAACGACAUCGACUUUGGAUCCUACUGCGUUCGCGAUGGAACGAAUGUCGAUUACAGAUACUGGGACGAUCCGGACCUCGCCUGCAAGGACCAAGUUUCCAAACCCGCACAGAACCUCUGCGCGGUAAAACCCGGAGACGAGGUCACCCUCGAGUACCACCUAGUCCCUCGGACCUGCACCUUUAGUAACUCCUUCGUCCGAGACCACCCAGGGCCCGUAUCAAUCUACAUGGCCAAAGUUACAGACGCCAAAACUGCUCUAGGUGCCAAUGCUGACUGGUUUAAAGUCUGGGAGCUGGGUCUCGUCGCGACAAAGCCUAAGCCGCUGUGGGCUGAUGACAUUGGAAGGGACAACUGUGGUCGUCUCACCUUCACCGUUCCAGACAUCGCUCCUGGACAGUAUCUCAUCCGAGGGGAAGUCAUCGCGUUGCAUUUCGCCACUGACACAGGACCAAAUGGAGGGGCUCAGGUCUUCCCUGGAUGCUUCCAGCUUGAAGUCGGCGGAAACGGUACCGCAAGGCCGCCCACCGUCAAAAUCCCAGGUGCUUACCACGCCCAGGACCCUGGCAUCUUCUUCGACGUGAAGAGCGUUGAAUCCGGAGCUGUAUCCGAAUAUAUCGGACCGCGCCCUUACGGAUACACAGCUCCCCCAGUCAUCACAACCCCGUACACAUACACGGCGACUGUCAACACCGAUACCCUUCCCAGGACAGUUCCUACCGCCCCUGUUGGUGCGCCUCCGGUUCCUGAGGCGCCUACUACACCUGGAUCUCCUCUGCCAAGUUCGCCAGCUGCGCCUGCAGGGCCACAGCAAACACGCUAUGGACAAUGUGGAGGGUAA